AUGGGCUCGGGUACCCAGAGAGGAGUGGGCUCGGGUACCCGGAGAAGAGUGGGCUCGGGUACCCGGAGAAGAGUGGGCUCGGGUACCCGGAGAAGAGUGGGCUCGGACAACCGAGCUGUCUGGCAGGGUACCCCGAGCUGUCUGGCAGGGUACCCCGAGCUGUCUGGCAGGGUGCCCCGAGUUGUCUGGCAGGGUACCCCGAGCUCGUUAACAGGUUCAGGAUGUUUGAAGUUUGGCUCGGUUUCAGAAGGUGGAUGGAAUCCGACCCCAACAUUCACAAGUUCCCUUCCACCUAACAUUAGCCAACUCUCCAAAUUAGAGUCUUUUUGUGAGGAUUCUUUUACGGGAGCCAUUCUUUCAUCCCUACUUAAGAUUCCCUCAUUGACGGACAUCUCUCUGGAUUGUAACCAUCACAACAACCUCCUUGGGAUAGAGAAUAUCUCUAUGUUACCUAAUUUACAAUCUUUUUCUAUUCACCACAACAAUUACAACAAAGUCGGUCUAGUUGACUUAAAUGUCUUCUCGUCUCUUAGGAAGCUAAAGAGAUUAUAUAUUUCAGGCAUCCCUAUUUCAACAGCAAACAUUACUUCUCAUUCGGAUUUUCCAUCACAUUUGUUUGAGUUGCGCUUGCUAGACUGCAACCUCACUGAGUUCCCAUAUUUCAUAAGAAACGGGAGAAGUCUACAUAGUCUAGCUUUUUCCAACAACAAAAUCAAAGGUCAAGUACCAAACUGGUUGUGGAGACUGCCAGAGUUGUUAGCUGUGGAUCUUUCGAGGAACUCGCUCAGCGGUUUUAAUGGAUCCUUAAAAGUUUCUCUUGAAAGUAAAGUCUUGAAUGUAGAUUUACGCUCAAAUGCUUUCCAAGGACCACUCUUCAUACCAUCCAUGUUUCUCUUAUUCUUUGAUGGUUCGAAGAAUAACUUCACAGGAGAGAUACCUCAAUCAAUAUGUGGAAGAUCUCUAUACGUCCUAGAUCUAUCAGACAACAACCUCCACGGCUCAAUUCCUUGGUGUUUAGAGACUCAAAUGGGUUCUCUUACAGCUCUAAAUCUCCGUAACAAUAGCCUCAGCGGAAGUUUACCUGAUAUAUUUAUGAACGCCAAGAAAUUAGGGUCACUUGACGUGAGUCACAACCGAAUGGAGGGGAAGCUUCCUUCUUCUCUUAUUGGUUGCUCUGCUCUUGAAUUUUUAAAUGUGGGAAGCAACGGAAUCGACGACAUAUUUCCCUUCCAGUUGAAUUCUUUACAGAAGCUUCAAGUUCUUGUCCUCCGCUCUAACAAGUUUCAUGGCAAGUUACAUAACGAUGAUGGGUUUUACGUUGGAUUUCCUCAGUUGAAAAUCAUUGAUGUAUCGCAUAUUUAAUGACUUCUUCGGCACCUUGCCCUCUGAUUACUUCUUGAACUGGACUGCAAUGUCUUCCAAGAGAUAUAGUAAUAUGGAACAUGAGUACAUUACCAAUUUAUAUAUCUACUACAGCUCACUUGACUUGAUGAGUAAAGGAGUGUCAAUGGAGAUGGAACUUAUCCCUAAAAUCUACACGUCCAUAGAUUUUUCAGAAAAUCAACUUCAUGGACAGAUUCCUGAUUCCAUUGGUCUGUUGAAGGAGCUUCUUAAUCUCAACAUGUCUAGUAAUGCUUUCACAGGCCAUAUCCCAUCUUCUUUGGCAAAUCUGACGAAUCUCGAGUCACUAGACCUAUCCCAAAACAAGAUUUAUGGUGAGAUUCCUCCUGAGCUUGGGACCCUAUCUUCUCUCGCGUGGAUAAACGUUUCACAUAACCAGCUUGUAGGUUCCAUACCACAAGGCACACAGUUUCAACGACAGCAAUGCUCCUCCUAUGAAGGAAACCCCGGACUUAAUGGCCCUUCCCUUAAGGAUGUUUGUGGAGAUAUCAAAGCGUCAACACCACCACAACCCGAACUGGUGGAGACAAAAGAAGAAGAAAAAGAAGAAUCGUUGAGUUGGAUAGCAGCAGGUUUAGGCUUUGCACCUGGAGUUGUACUUGGACUGACUAUGGGAUACAUAGUGGCUUCAUACAAGCAUCAGUGGUUCGUGAAGACUUUUGGCCGAAGCAAGCAACAGAGCACCAGAUCUCGUUAAGUCACUCAUCGAUCACACUCCCUUCCUUAAAGAAUUAAUGUUGUUCAGUUAAAUAAAUUGGUGUGUAUAAUAUCAUAAAUAAUUUGUUGUAUUUCAUGAAUAAAAAAACAAGAGUGUGAUGAAUCAAGUUUUAUGUAUAAUAAAGUAUGUUUUAGUUCA